AUGGCCCCGAUUCGGCGCUAUCUGCGCAUCAGCAAAUACUCAGUAAUCGAGUGCCGUAUCUACCUCGACAACCCAUCAAAUGCCCGGUGGCUCUUAGACCCUCGUGAUCCUGUCCUGUCCCGCGUGUUCGCCGCGAUUCGACCAUUAGUGCUACCCAAACUCCGCGAGGAGAAUGAACGAUUGUGGGCUCGCAAGAAGGGCAAGCCUGUCAAGGAUGUGAUUGCAGAAGAUGAGUUCGAGGUAGCCAUCUUCCUCCGGGAAUCGCGAACCCGACAUUCACUCCUCACGCGUAACAAGACCUUCAAACAAUCGAAUACGCAGAAAGACUCCAGCGAAAAUGCUCGAGAGGAGACAAACACCGCGGCCGAAUCAGCAAAUCCCGUUAACCCUACCGAUACCGAGAUUAUCAUUGAGAGUGACAGCGAGCACGAGGUCAGCUUGCACAACGUUCCUGAAGCGAACGAGGGCCGUGAUACCUCGGAAGGAGUCGAGUCGUCGCGACAACGACGGAAGGCAUUGCAAGCAGACCGAGCGGAGGCCGAGGGUACAAAUGACGAGAAAAAGAUGGGCUUUCACACGGAUUACGAAAGCUUCAAUAUCUGUAGUUGGGUUCUUUGCCUUCUCAUUACUCGCAAGGGCGACCGAACCCGGGCCAAUGUUGCAGCAAUGGAACCUAAGCAGCCGUUGAUGGAGGAAUGGAUCUCAACUCAGGCUGCGACCGGCCUAGAUGAGGAUUAA